UUCACUCUUCAUAAUUCACUUCCAUUACACAAGCACUAAAUACAUGCAUACACUGCACACGAGCACUGAUCACGCAAAUUAAUGGGAGCUAAACUCACAGUUAUAGAAAACAGGUGCAACCAUGAUAUUGAAAUUAGAGUUUGGGUUUCUCCGGCUCGACCCGACAAAUUUCAAAGCAUAAUUAGAAUUGAAGGUGAAGGUGGAUGGAAGGAAGUGAAUUCCAAAAAUUUCAUCCAUGCAGACGCUACAAUUCUUGAUGAUAAUGAUGAUGAUGAUAUCAAAUUUGUAUCGUCUACCUUGCUAAUGAUUUAUAUUGAUGGUGUUUAUACAGGAUAUUACUUUCUUCCAAUUCACUUAGUGAAAUACGCGAAAGUCAUCUGCGACAUUAAUGAAGAUGGACUUCUUGUUGUUCAAGGAAUCAAACCAACAUUCAAUUUCUGCAGAUUUAAGGGUUGCGCCUUUUUUCCUUAUCUCAGAGGAAACAAAAAGGAGAUGAUUUGAACCUGCAGUAUUUAUGUCUGUUAUUUUGAAUUAAUGGAAUGCACAAAAAUCAAAAGUAUGAAGUUUUGAUGAUAGACAAAGAUAUUGAAGAAUCAAGUUCAACACUAUAACAAAGUCAUGUGUUUUCUUUAUGAUGUAAUUGAUAUUGUUCUAGGGUUAUUGUUGAAUUAUAAUAAAUCCUAAAUUGAAGUUGUGAGGUUUGUAAGAAGAAGAAAGUUGAUCAAUCACUACUUCACGUGAAUAUUAGGGAAUAAAAAAUGACUACUUUGGCAUAAUCUAAACUUGCUAGUAGUUUUCUGAAGUUGCAAAAAGAAAAAGAGAAGCAAAAGAAGUGAAAGAAAAAGAGGCGUUAUUGUUUUGUACUUUAUUCAGUAUAAAGUUCGUUUUUACUCUUUAUGUCUUGUAGCUCACAAAUCGUCUUUCCUAACCCUACAAAUUCUCUUCCGGCAAGUUUCAGGUUCCUCCGAAUCGCUCCGACGCCUUUGAUGUUCACAUCUUCCGGUAGUCCUGUCGCAGAUGACUUUCGCCCUUUUAUGGAACCACACUUUCUCUAAUUUGAAUUCUAUGUGGUAGGACGAGAGUCAUCUGUGACAGGAUAAUGGAAGAUCGAGUUAUCAAAGGCUUAUUGGGCGUUUCCUUUUUCAUCUUGAGUUCGUACCAGAAUCUACAAGAUUAAUGCAAAACCGAAGAAGUAGAGCAGGUAGACAUUUCAUUACCAUUAUUCUGCUACAUAUUGGAUUGAGAAUUAUUUGCUUCCGCUUUUGAGCCUAUGCUAUUGAAUUUGAUAUUAUGCUAAACACAUUGUGGGUGAGUGCUGUUGGUAAAAAUGUAUGUGGCAGAUGUGCUGGAUUCCAAUUUAUGGGAGAAAAUGCAAAUAUAUAGCAGUGGUCAACUAUGUGUUGGAGUUGAAGCAGUUAUGUGGUUUGUCAAUGCCGAUGUAUUAUUCUUUGCAUUUGAGCUAUGUGCUACCAAUUUUUGUCCUUGUUAUGUAUGUUUAAAUCCCUGAGUGUGUGCGUGUUUGUGUAUAUAUACAUACACAGAAAAUUUUGAGUAUUUACUCUGCAGUUGAAGCUGGGUGGAUUAAAGAUAGUAAUAUACCUGGACGGAUAGGUGUUAUAAUUGCCUCAUAUUUCCAUAAUAGAAUUUGGUAUAAGAAUAUAAUGGUAUCCUGACUGUCGUCUUGUAAAUUAUUUUUUGAUAUAGGCUUUGUUAGGACUAUUGCACAAAGGUAUUUGGCAUCUCCUAAGAAAAACUUUAUUUACUGGAUCAAUUGAUGAUUAGAAUAGAUUUUUGAUAUUUAUCAUUAACCAAUUUAGAAGGAAAUCAGUUCAGACAGUUUGAUUAGCAAGGGAAAAAUAAAUUGAUUGAUGAAGAGGCUUCUUAGUUUAAUGUUUGUUUAAGUAUUAUGGACACUCUUGUAGGAUACCAGGUUCACUCUGUGCUUCACUGGGAUCUGUGAUACAUGGUUUUGCAAAAACAUUGUGCAUGGUUGACUAACUAUCAAACAUUUUGUGAUAAGACAAAGAUAGGAGUUGUAGUAUUAGAAUCUUUAUCUCCAAAAAGAAGAGAAGAGGUUCUAAAAUCAGAGUAGUUUGCCUUCCAUUCUGCUCCAGCUUGCGUGCUCCUCAUGGCUAACUCUGUCCACUUAUCUUAAUUAUGGUCAAAUUUAUAAAGUGGUUUUGCCUCCUCUGGAAUUUCUACUUGAGACCUCAUGAUUCUCAAUCUAAUUUUUGUGGAAGAGCUUGAGAAUUCUCUUCUGUGCUAUUGUAAUUGCACCAAGGGUAUGCUAUCUUCUCUCUUUAAGUCCAGAUAUUUUCUU